AUCCUCUCAGUUGCUUAAAAAUUUACAAAAGUAACAGAACUUCUUAUUGAAGAGAGACACAGAAGCUCUUAUUUACAAUUUCUUUUUUGCACGGAGGAGGUUUACAGCAAGCCACCAUGAAGCUGAAAUUACCAAACCCAGGACUGGAUGACCGAAUCCCAUCUCAUGAAGAUUUGGAAAGGAUGGAAACCGAGGAGGCUGGGGACAGGCCCAAAUGGGACAACAAAGCCCAGUACCUCCUCACCUGCGUGGGCUUCUGCGUGGGACUCGGUAACGUCUGGAGGUUCCCGUACCUGUGUCAAAGCCACGGAGGAGGAGCGUUUAUGAUCCCGUUCCUUAUCCUGUUGGUUCUGGAGGGAAUCCCGCUGCUGCACUUAGAGUUUGCCAUCGGUCAGCGCCUGAGAAAGGGCAGCGUGGGAGUGUGGAGAGCAAUCAACCCUUACCUGACUGGAGUUGGCAUUGCAUCGUUACUUGUCUCAUUUUUGGUCGGUAUGUAUUACAACACGAUCAUGGCCUGGAUCAUGUGGUACCUGUUCAACUCCUUUCAAGAUCCUCUGCCUUGGAGCCAAUGCCCUCUCAAUGCUAACAGCACAGGUUUAGUGGCUGAGUGCGCACGGAGCACCACUGUUGACUACUUCUGGUACAGAGAGACUCUGAACACUUCAGCAGCCAUUGAUGACCCUGGAAGUUUGCAGUGGUGGAUGGUGCUGGCCCUGUUCGCUGCCUGGACUCUGCUGUAUGUGUGCUGCAUUCGUGGCAUUGAGACUUCUGGCAAGGCUGUCUACAUCACCUCCACACUCCCAUAUUUUGUCCUCACAAUCUUCCUCAUCAGAGGAUUGACUCUCAAAGGCUCUACAGAGGGAAUAAAGUACCUCUUCACACCAGAUGUGGAUGAAUUAUUGAAUCCACAGACUUGGUUGGAUGCAGGAGCUCAGGUUUUCUACUCCUUCUCCUUGGCUUUCGGGGGCCUCAUCUCUUUCUCCAGUUACAACUCUGUUCACAACAACUGUGAGCAAGACGCCGUUCUCAUCUCCAUCAUCAAUGGCUGCACCUCGGUGUACUCUGCAACGGUGAUCUACUCCAUCAUCGGUUUCAGGGCAACGCAGAAAUUUGAUGAAUGCCAGGGAGAUAACAUCCUGCAUCUCAUCAAUGCCUUUGACUACCCUGAAACCUCCAUCACAAUAGACAACUACGAUCAGGUUCUGACCAGCCUAAAUCAGACAAAUCCAGAUAUCAUCCAAGGUUUGCCCUUAAAAACCUGCGACAUGCAGAAUUUACUCAGUCAGGGUGUGGAGGGAACGGGCCUGGCCUUCAUCGUUUUCACAGAGGCCAUCAUCAAGAUGCCUGUUUCACCUCUCUGGGCAGUCCUCUUUUUCAUCAUGCUCUUCUGUCUCGGCCUUUCAACUAUGUUUGGGAACAUUGAGGGAGUGGUGGUUCCCCUUCAAGACCUUAGAGUUCUUCCUCAAACUUGGCCUAAAGAAGUUUUUACUGGUGUUACUUGCUUAAUAUCCUUUGCUCUUGGGCUCAUAUUCACCCUACGCUCUGGGAACUACUGGCUAGCUCUUUUUGACAACUUUGCAGGCUCAAUCCCCCUCCUAAUCAUCGGUUUCUGUGAAAUGUUUGCAGUUAUCUACAUCUAUGGGAUUGAUAGGUUCAACAAGGACAUUGAAUUUAUGGUUGGCCACAAGCCCAAUAUUUUCUGGCAGGCAACAUGGAGAGUGAUUAGCCCACUCCUUAUGAUCUUCAUCCUAAUUUUCUACUUUGUUACCCAAGUCACCAAAGAUUUAACCUAUCUGGUGUGGGACGAGGAAGCGGCGAGCUUUCCCGUACUGGAAGCACGUCCCUAUCCCUCUUGGAUCUACGUCAUCAUCUUUAUCCUUGCUGGAAUUCCCAGUCUGGCCAUCCCCAUUUUUGCCCUCUAUAAAUUUUUCCAGAGGAAGUGCUGCAAGGACAAAAGCUACAAAGAUCACCCAGUGGACACUAUCUCAGCCAAAAUAGAAAUGAACGGCAAAGCAAAGUUCUAGGUUGAUGUCGCCUUGAUUGUUUAAUGUGACUGAUGUGUACUUGCUUUUAUUGAUGUGUUCUAUGCACAAGAUUGCGACUGCUGACUAUUAUCUUUGAAAAACAGAUGUACAUUUUUAAGUUGUUAGUUAGUUUCUGCACGAUUGUGCACUUUGGGAGAUUUAUUAUAGGGCUACAGGACACCCAACGGCUGCUUAGCUUAUCUUGGCAGAAGGAAACAGGUUGACCUGCUCUGUUCAUAAAAUAUGCUUACAAGCAUCUAAAGCUCAAUAAUUAACAUGUUCUCAGAUUUCAUCUGUAUGGAGUGCACAAAGAAAAAAAAACAUGGGAGAGCCGGUCUGAUAUUUUUCUCUUGUACCCACAGAAAGUAGUAAUGUUAAGUUAACCAGUCAGUGGUUGAAUAUAUAACUAUUCUUUUGAUAUUUUA